AUGGGAACGAAAGUAUCAAGUAUUUUCUUUUGUUUGUUUGAUAAUACAAAUGGACCAAUGGUAGUGUACCAAGACCCAGAAAAAGCAGUAGAAGCAGAGGUAUUUAGUUCAAUAUCAGAUUUUGUUAUUCCAAAAGAAGGAUUUUGCAAUCGACUUGUUAAAAUUACAUCGGAAAGAAAAACAUAUGUUGGAUAUCCUACAAUGAUAAAACAUGGAAAAUAUGGAAGAAAUGCGUUAUUGUUCAAUUUAUGUUUUGUUUUUGAUGAAGGAACAACAGAUGGAACAAUAAGUUGUUAUGAGGCUAUUAUUAAGCAAAUAAAUAAAGAAUUAAGAAUAUUAGAAAUUAAUGAAGAUUAUAUAAUAAAAGAAGAGAAACGAAAAGGAUUAGGAGAAAUUAUUAAACAUUUAAGAAAUUGUUUAAACACAUAUGGGUUUUGUAAUAUCGAAUUUGGAAAUAAUAUACAAAUGAGAGUAAGAUUAGCAAUUGACCCAUCUAAUCCAAUAGAGGAAAUAAGAAUAGACGAAGUUCCAGUUAAAGUAAACGAGCUAGGAAGUGGGGAAGAAGACAUUGGAAUAAAUGAAAUUUUACCAUAUAUUAAUGGAGAAAGAACAGGAAGAGAAAUUAUUGAAGAAAGCCAUUCAUGUUAUGAAAUAGUAUCGGAAGGAUUAAAACAACUUGUAUAUGGUGGGUAUGUAGUUAUGAUACCAAAGAUCGAAGAUAAGAAAAGGUAUGAAUGUACAAAGAAAAUAUUAGAGUUAUACGAAAAUGAAAGAAUGCUUCAAACGUGUAUUGAUUAUUGUAAAAAAUAUUCAAUGAUUAAAAGAAGUCGUGUGGAUAUAUUUCGAAUUGUAGUUGGUAUUGAAGGUAAAGUUACAUGGAAAGAAUAUAAAGAAAGGAAUAAAGAAACAGAGUUAGACAUGAAUAAAUUACUUAAAUUUAUGUUGGUUAAUAAAAUUGUAAGAGCAACAACCACAAGUAAAGAAUGGGUUGAAGGAAUGAAAGAACAAACAUUAAUACAAAAAUAUGAAUAA